CGCACACAUACACGAUGGCCCCUCCUCAGCCCAUCCCCCCGAAUGCGACCCUCUACAAGGCCACCAACCCGGCGUACCCCUCGCCGGGUCUCUCGCAGCGCCUCUCGCAGGCGUGGAACCUCGGGUCUCCGCCCUCCUCGGCGGCCGAGGUCGGCCUGACGCACGAGGCGUACGCGCCGAGCGUGGCUCGUGACGCCGGCCGUGCCGGUGAGGAGGAGCUCGAGGCGCAUCUUGUCAAGCACCUGAACAAGUCCAAGGCCCGCGCGGUGUUCGGCAACGUGCGCAUCCCGGGCGAGCUGAUCACCGAGGGGACCGCCCCGCCCCGGCCGAAGCGCCGCUUUGAGGCCGAUGCGGUCAUUGCCCUGCCUGGCAUCUGUCUGGUCGUGGAGAUCAAGAACUAUGGCGGGUCGAUCGUCAGCUCGCCCUCCUUCCAGAACCUGACCCAGACGACCACCACCGGCCAGACGCGCAAGCAUGGCAACCCGGUGUUGGAGAACCACGCCAAGGCCAAGGCCCUGCGUCAGUACCUGAAGCAUGAGGGCAUCGACACCCCCGAGGACUACAUUGUCACCUGCGUGGCCUUUGUCAAUACUUCCACCGAGUACACCGGGAAGGUUGCCGAGCACCAGGACUCCCUGCAUGGUGACCGCUAUAAGGCCUUCCUGAAGGCCGCCGAAGCCGGCCCCGAGAAGGCCGGUCUCGCUUUGCGCCAGCUCCUCCGCCCGUCGGCUGCCACUCCGUCAGACAGCGCCACCAAGGUGGACCUGCAGAAGGUUCGCCUGAUCCUGGCCUCGUUGCCCACCUGGGACGAGAUUUUCAUGGUCGGCGGGGCCCUGGUGCCCGGUGACAUUCGCGGUGUGCGGGUUGGCCCGGCCGAGGUGACCGAUGCCUCUGGCACCCGGCCCAACCAUCCCUUCCCGCUGGAGCGCCCGGAGCCCGGGGCCCUGGCCGGCAGCAACCCCACCCCGCAGACGGUGGGUCACCCGCGUGGGGGGCGUUUCAUCGCCCUGAUGCGGGCUCUCUCCUCGGCGCCGAUGGUCAGCAUCCCCGGUGUCAAGGAGCGCGUUCCUCUGUCGGAUGGGUUCCUGAUCUUCCGUCGGGUGGCUUCCAUGGAGGAUGAGGCCCUCCCCCUGUCGGCGGUCUUGCGCAUCACCCUCUCGCCGGCGUGCAAGUUCGAUGUCGAGGCGCGUAAGGCCUUCCUUGAUCGCGAGGCCAAGCGCCAGGAGAAUGCCGCGCGCCAUCAUGAGCGCCAGCAGAAGCAGCAGGGCGCCAAGAAGUAGCAGCUUAGAGCCACAUCCAAGCGCACGUGCGUGUGUGCCAUGCGCGUCCUGUCCCUUCCGGAACGAGGGCCGCAUGAGGGGCACCCACCCUGCGUUGCCCUCUCUCUUUCUCUCUCCCUCCCUC